AUGGCUUUUGCUUCCCAUGGCGUUCUUCUUCGAGCCGCGCAACCACUUCCCGGGGCAGCCAAAUCCCUCUCCCUCUUGGAACGCCAGAGAAUCCCGUUUAUCUUGUUGACAAAUGGCGGUGGAAUGUCCGAAUCCGAGAGAAUAGGCCAAUUGAAUGAUCGACUGGGUCUUCAACUACACCACGAUCGCAUUAUACAGAGCCAUACACCGUUUGCCGAACUGGUGGAGGGCAAAAAGGAGCAAGAGCCCUUGGAGAACAAAUGUGUGUUGGUUGUUGGCGGGCCAAACGAUAGAUGCCGUCAUGUGGCCAAACAAUAUGGGUUCAAGUCUGUCGUGACUCCAGCGGAUAUCUUCAUGGCGCAUCCCUCGAUCUGGCCGUUUUCAAAGAGCUUCAGUGACCACUACAAAAAUUUUGCACAGCCCGUUUCCAGGCCGGUCACAGGCGGCUCUCCGGGGAACCUCAAAGUUGACGCGAUACUUGUUUUCAAUGACCCAAGGGAUUGGGCAUUGGAUAUUCAAGUGAUCAUCGACCUACUACUUUCCCAUCAUGGCAUUUUGGGCACUUACUCUGAGAAGAACAAUCGGGAGGAUCUGCCCAACCGCGGUUACCAACAGGACGGACAGCCUAAACUAUACUUUUCCAACCCGGAUUUGCUAUGGGCCGCAGCGUAUCACUUACCGCGACUUGGGCAAGGGGGAUUCGCUGCAGCGCUCCAUGGAGUUUGGGAUGCGCUUACCGGUGGCCCUGCUGCUGGCGUCAAAUUACAAAGCACGAUGAUCGGGAAGCCUCACCAGUCCACCUAUGAAUUCGCCGAGAAGAGGUUGCUCCAGCAAAGAGAGAGCGCCUUCAAAGGGGCAGAUGUGGUUCCCCUUCGUGACGUUUAUAUGAUUGGUGACAAUCCCGAAUCAGAUAUCCGCGGCGCCAAUUCUUUCAACAGUGCUACUGGGACUGAAUGGACGUCUAUCCUGGUAAAAACAGGAGUCUACAGGGGAGAAAAGCCAGCCUGGCCACCGAAGGUCAUUGUGAACGGGGUCCAAGAUGCGGUUGAGUGGGCUCUGAAAAGGUCACAGUGGUUGACCUCUCCAUAA